GGACGACUCUGCUUGUCCCAUGGGCAUUGCCAGCCAAGCGAAAGCAGACUCUCCCCAAUCCUUUGAGGACCCCCGGGCGGGCUGUGAGCGCGGCCCCCGGUGCCGGUGCCGGUGCCGGUGCCGGCCGCCCCGCCGCGCCGCACGGAGCAUGCCUCUGAGCCCCGCCGGCAGCAAACAUGAGAGCCCGGAGUCGCCGCCGCCAGAGCCGCCGCCGCCGCCGGAGCGACAGCCCCGCGCCGCCGCCGCCGGGGAGCCGGGCGCCGGCCUGCGGGAGGAGACGCGGCUCGACCCGGCCCGGGGCCCCGGCGGGCCCCGCUCCCCCAAGCUGGCGGCCCCGGCGCGCAUGGAGGAGCCCGCGCCCGGCGCCAUCGUCGUCCGCAUCGGCAUCCCCGACCUCCAGCAGACGAAGUGUCUACGGUUGAAUCCAGAUGUUCCUGUAUGGAUUUCCAAGCAGCGCAUCCUCUGCACUUUGAACCACAGCCUGAAGGAUGUUCUGAACUAUGGGCUCUUCCAGCCAGCCUUCAAUGGCAGGGCUGGGAAGUUUCUGGAUGAGGAGCGCCUGCUGAGGGAGUACCCUCUGAAUCCAGACACUCCUGUCCCCUACUUGGAGUUCCGGUACAAAAGGCGUGUGUACACCCAGACUUUGCUGGAUGACAAGCAGUUUGCCAAGCUCCAUACAAAGGCAAAUCUGAAGAAGUUCAUGGAGUAUGUGCAGAUGCUAAAUGCAGAGAAGGUCUGCAGACUGCUGGAGAAGGGACUGGACCCCAACUUUCAUGAUCCGGAUACUGGAGAGUGUCCUCUGACCGCGGCCGCUCAGCUGGAGCUCAGCGCCGAGAUGAUCAAGGCACUGCGCAACGGGGGAGCACACCUGGAUUUCCGGACGCGGGAGGGAAUGACAGCUCUUCACAAGGCCGUCCGGUGCCGCAACCACGCGGCGCUGCUGACGCUGCUGGACCUGGGUGCCUCCCCGGACUACAAGGACAGCCGGGGGCUGACGCCACUGUACCACAGUGCCAUGGUGGGGGGGGAUCCCUACUGCUGCGAGCUCCUGCUGCACGACUAUGCCCGACUCGGCUGCAUGGAUGAGAACGGCUGGCAGGAGAUCCACCAGGCAUGUCGCUAUGGGCACGUUCAGCACCUGGAGCAUCUUCUCUUCUAUGGAGCUGAUAUGACUGCACAGAAUGCCUCAGGAAACACUGCUCUUCAUAUUUGUGCUCUCUAUAACCAGGAGAGCUGCGCUCGGGUUCUCCUCUUCCGUGGUGCGAGCAAAGAGAUUCGCAACUACAACAGCCAGACAGCAUUCCAGGUGGCCAUCAUUGCAGGAAAUUUUGAAUUGGCUGAAAUCAUCAAAACCCACAAAGAGUCCGAUGUUGUGCCUUUCAGAGAAACUCCCAGUUACACGAAGCGGAGACGAAUCCUCGGCGCCGCCGGCCUCUCUUCCCCGCGCAUACUGCAGCGCUCGGCCAGCGACAACAACCUGAAGGCAGAGAGCCGGGCGUCCUACUCACCAGUGCCCUCGCUCCGCAGCCUGCCCCCGCAGCUGCUGGCGCAGAUGCAGGAGGCGGCGGUGGGGGCCAUGGCAGGGGACGGCAGCCUGGCGAGCUCCGGCAGCGCCCGUAGCGCCCACAGCCGCUCCCCGUCCCUGCAGCGGGUGCAGGAGGAGAAGGAGGCUGACCUGCCCACGCUCCGGAGGAGCAGCCGCGGCAAGGCCAGCCCCGGCGGCCCGGCGGGGCCCCCCGGCCCCGGCGCCGAGCCCGCGCCGCACGCCGCGCCCGCCCCGCUGCGCGGGCCCAAGCGGAAGCUGUACAGCGCCGUGCCCGGCCGCAAGUUCAUCGUGGUGAAGAGCUACGCGCCGCAGGGCGAGGGCGAGAUCCAGCUCAACCGGGGCGAAGCCGUCAAGGUGCUGAGUAUUGGCGAAGGUGGCUUUUGGGAAGGAACCGUGAAAGGAAGGACUGGCUGGUUCCCGGCAGAAUGUGUUGAGGAGGUGCAGAUGCGACAGUAUGAUCCACGGCAAGAAACCAGAGAAGACAGAACAAAGCGUCUCUUCCGACAUUAUACUGUGGGCUCUUACGACAAUUUCACCUCUCACAGUGACUACAUCAUUGAGGAGAAGACGGCCGUGCUGCAGAAGAGGGAGCAUGAGGGAUUCGGGUUUGUGUUGCGAGGGGCCAAAGCUGAAACCCCAAUUGAGGAGUUCACCCCAACCCCAGCCUUCCCAGCGCUCCAGUACCUGGAAUCAGUGGAUGUGGAAGGUGUUGCUUGGAGAGCAGGGCUUCGCACAGGAGACUUUCUGAUUGAGGUGAAUGGUGUCAACGUGGUGAAGGUGGGGCACAAGCAGGUGGUCUCCUUGAUCCGACAAGGGGGGAACCACCUGGUGAUGAAGGUUGUUUCCGUCAGCCGCAAGCCAGAGUCGGAAGAAGUUGUUCGGAAGAAGGCUCCGCCACCUCCCAAGAGAGCGCCCAGCACCACCCUGACGCUGCGUUCCAAGUCCAUGACGGCCGAGCUGGAAGAGCUGGCCUCCAUGCGGAGAAGAAAAGGGGAGAAACUGGAUGAGAUUUUGGCAGCAGCCGAACCCGCGCUGAGAGCAGACAUUGUCGAAGCAGAUUCUAGGGCAGCCACUGUGAAGCAGCGACCAACAAGCCGGCGCAUCACGCCAGCAGAAAUCAGUUCACUCUUUGAACGCCAGGGUAUGGCAGCACACUCGGGGGUCCUUGCAGGAGCUGAGAAGCCCCAUGUUUCACUGCGCAAAGGAAUUCCACGGACAAAAUCUGUAGGUGAAGACGAGAAACUUGCUGCUUCUUUGCUAGAUGGGAAGUUUCCCCGGAGCACAUCGAUGCAAGACACUGUUAGGGAAGGACACGGGAUUCCACCACCACCUCAGACAGCCCCACCCCCACCUCCUUCUCCAUAUUACUUUGACACAGGCCCCCCUCCAUCCUUCUCGCCACCUCCACCCCCAGGAAGAGCUUAUGAUACCAUAAGAUCAAGCUUUAAGCCAAGCCUGGAGGCUAAACUCCAUGGACUCCCACAGGUCAUUAGCGCAGCUGAGAUGUAUGAUCAGGCAAGGACUUCCAUUCCUUACCCUGAAAGGCAGAAGAGGGCCCGAUCCAUGAUAAUCCUACAGGAUUCCUCUCAUCUUCCCGUGGAGCCAACAGAGAUCCCCCGGCCUGGCCCGUCUGCAACCCCUCCAGAGAAGCUGAAGAGGAAGGGGAGAGUGAUUGACAACCCUUAUGCCAACAUGGGUCAGUUCAAUGUCAGCCUGUUUGCUCCCACCAAGCCACAGAGGAAGAAGAGUCCUCUUGUUAAGCAGUUACAAGUGGAGGACGCACAGGAGAGAGCAGCACUGGCCAUCACCGGAGGCUUUACAAGGGAGCCCUCUCCCACCCGCAGGAGCCAUCGCCUGAGUGGAGUGGAAUAUCAGCACCACACUGGCAUUGCUCAGGUUGAAGCCACAAGCAUCCCCUUUGCCACUGCCAUUGCUGGAGUCAUGAAGGACAGAGACCGUCGUCUGGAUGAGAGGCGGAAAUCCACUGUCUUCCUCUCGGUUGGGGCCAUUGAAGGAAGCCCCCCCAGCAGCGACAUGCCAUCCUUGCAGCAGUCCAGGUCUAUUGAUGAGCGGUUGUUAGGAAGCCGAGAUGUACUACUGCCUUCCCCUGUCUCAGCUUUAAAGCCAUUAAUUAGCAGCUCAUCCUCAACGUUCAUCCACCCCCUAACAGGAAAGCCCUUGGAUCCGAACUCACCACUGGCGCUUGCGCUGGCCGCAAGGGAACGGGCCCUCUCAACUCAAGUCCCAUCCCGGUCGCCCACCCCGAUCCACAGCCCAGACUCAGACAGAGCAGCACCCCUGUUUGUGGACAUCCAAACCAAAGAACCAGAGAGGGGGGAGUUGGAGAGCUUGGUGUCCCCUGCGUACUCACCUGGAGGCAAAGGGGCAAUCGCAACAGAUUCUGGGACUUUGGCCCCUACUAAGACCCAGUGGGGGACUCCAUCCACACUGAGAAAAGAAACUGAAGCAAGAACAGAAACACCUGGGAAGGAGGAGAAAAAACAAGAAGACAAGAAGUCCAUGAUUAUUAGCAUAGUGGAUACAUCACAGCAGAAGACCGCUGGCCUCAUCAUGGUUCACGCCACAAGUAAUGGCCAAGACGAGAUUGGACUUGAGGUAAAAGAGGAGAAACCAGCUGUCCCUGAAGCAUGCACGGAGCCAGCAGAGUCCCCCAAAGCAGAGACCCAGCCCAGUCCUGUGGGAAAGCCUCCAGUCAGUCCAGCCUCUGACAAGACGUUGGGACAAGGGAGUUCGGAGGAAGAAGUGGAGCCCUACACGGUUACCCUCCCACCAGCUCAGUUGUCUUCAAGUGACGAAGAGACCAGGGAGGAGCUGGCCAAGAUAGGGCUGGUGCCUCCACCAGAUGAGUUUGCAAACGGGGUACUGGUCACCACCCCUGGCACACCAGUCAGCCACCUGGCUACGCCUAGCACGCCAUCCAUACCAGCGGCAGCAGUAGCACCUUCUACCACUGGCGGAACACCCUCAGGGAAGCCCUCUGAUGCCCCCGUAGCCCCAGAGUCUGCUGCAGACUCGGGAGUGGAAGAGGUGGACACCAGAAGUUCAAGUGACCAUCACCUGGAGACCACAAGCACCAUCUCGACGGUCUCCAGCAUGUCUACGUUGUCCUCAGAAAGCGGGGAGCCUACUGACACAUACACUUCCUUUGCGGAUGGACAAACUUUUAUACUCGAGAAGCCACCAGUGCCUCCAAAGCCAAAACUCAAGUCCCAGCUCAGCAAGGGGCCAGUUACUUUCAGGGACCCACUUUUGAAGCAGUCUUCGGACAGCGAGCUCAUCUCCCAGCAACAUGCGGCCACUCUGGCAUCAGCCAGCAUUGGCCGGCCACGCUACCUCUUUCAGAGAAGGUCCAAGCUAUGGGGGGACCCCAUGGAGAGCAGGCCAAUCCAUGGGGCUGAUGAUGACAAGCCAACUGUGAUCAGUGAGCUAAGUUCCCGACUACAGCAACUGAAUAAGGAUACACGAUCACUGGGGGAGGAACCAGCCGGGUCCACGUUAGAUCCCGGGAAGAAGUCACCUGUGGUCGCGGCACGACUUUUCAGUAGUUUAGGAGAACUCAGCACCAUUUCCCAGCGGAGCUCCGGGACCACCUACACAGUCCGACCUGGCAGUCGCUACCCCGUAACCCGACGUACCCCCAGCCCCGUGAAGCCGGCUCUGGAUCGGACAGAGCCCCUCAGCACCGUCCGGCCCUACGGUCUGACCCCUCCCACCAUCCUCAAAUCUUCCAGCCUUUCCAUCCCACACGAGCCCAAGGAGGUGCGGUUUGUGGUGAGGAGCGUGAGCGCCCGGAGCCGCUCCCCGUCCCCGUCCCCCUCUCCAGGGCCACCCCUGCACACCCUCCACCCGCCUCGGCCCUUCAUGCAGAAACCCCUCCACCUGUGGAACAAGUACGACGUCGGGGACUGGCUGGAAAGCAUCAAUUUGGUGGAGCACCGAGACAAGUUUGAGGACCAUGAAAUAGAGGGCACGCACCUGCCCGCCCUCACCAAGGAGGACUUUGUGGAGUUGGGGGUGACCCGGGUCGGGCACCGGAUGAACAUUGAGCGGGCACUCAAGCAGCUGGUAGACAGCUGACCGUCCCAGGCAGCACUGGCCUCUUCCAGAGCCACCGGGGGGGGGGGGGGGGCAUUUCUACUAGACUAAUAAAACCCACUUUGAUUCUCUUUCUAUUCUGAGCACUGCACUGAAGGGUGCGGAGCCGAGAGGCUCCCGCCCGCUCCCACACCGCCCCGGCGUGCCACGCACACGCAGACCCCCGCUCGGCCCCGCCAGCCCCGCGACGCCUUCGGGACAAGGAAUGUUGCAUGAAAUACAUCCUCGUUUCUGUUCCUCCCAGAGAGUCUGGCCUGUAUAUCGCUUGAUGUGCUCUUCCCCGGGGGCGUCGCUGGUGGCCGGAGGGGCCGAGGCACCACGUGCUGCCGAGCCCGGGCUCCCCGUGGUCUAAGGGCAACACCUGGUUGGGGUGGGGAGUGGGACAGGGCCAGCGGUGCAGUGAGGAGCCAAGCCCAGGCUAGGGAGAGGGCUUCAGCUGUAGGCCAAGCGCUGGCCACGUUGCCCAGGUGUGACAGGCAGGGAGACGCCGGUCGGAGCGCGGCAGGGAGCUGAGCGGGCUAGGCGCGUGCCGCCGGCCGCAUCUCGGGCAGGUCGGGGCGGCCCACGGCGUGGAGACCCCCGAGCUGCUCCGAGCCGGCAGGUCUGAUGGGAGCACGGCAGGGCGAAGGCUGCUGCAGGAGGCAGGCAGGUGCCGGCACUCGGCCCGCGUUGGGAAGAGCAGGCAGGAGGCACCACGGCCGCGGUGGCGGCCCCGGCCCCGUGCAGGCUGUCCCCGCCGGGGUCGGAGGCGGCCGGCCGAGCCGGGUCGUCCUGCCGGUGCUCAGAGGGAAAGGGCUCCAGCGUGCAGAGGUCUCCGUGGAAGGGCAGUCCCAGCCUGCGGUGAUGCCCAGACCCACUCCCUCCUGCGCAGAGCCGCCCCAGGGAGCAGCCAGCCUUGCCGUGCAAGCCAGAAGAGCGAUUCCCGCGAGAGAGAGAGAGACUAGCCCUGGACUCUGUGCUGCUGCUCUGCCUGUCGCCCUCGGUUGCCCCGGUGAGAGAGGGACUGAAACCGCAUGGAUAGAAGCAUGUUUGGGGAUGUCGGAGGGAGGCUGGUGGGGAAUCCAGCAGAAAACGCUUUGCCAACGUUUGGGAGGGAGGGGGGAGGGAGAUGUUUUAUUUCCUCUUGGUUUGGGGUCUUGUUUCCAAGGGGGACACAUUGAUGGAUAAUAUAUAAUCUCCAUGCAUUUAUAUAGAGAGCAGCUGAUGAUCUACAAGAGAUGAUAUUGAACUACAGGAUUCCCACUCCGUCCUAGUCAUCCUUAUUUUGCAUCUUUUUAAUCAGCUAUAUAUUUGAAAAGAGAGAACAAAUAUCUAUAUAUCUAUAUCUAUAGCUAUAGCCACCUGAUUUUGUUAUAAUUUUACUAAAUCUAUAUAUCUCUAGACUUGUUGAGAUGCUGGCGAGGCGGUGCCUGCACCCCUCCCCUGGGACGCCCAUGGCUCAUGGGAGUUUUUAGCGACUGACUGAAUGAAUGUUAAAGUCUUUUUAAAAAAAAAAACCACAAAAAAAAAAAAACCCAACAGCUCCUUUCAGACACUCUGGAUUUUAAAGAUUUAGAAACACAAAACAAAACUUGGUUUUUGGGACACACCGAGUCUUCCACCCCCGCCAGGCAGAGACACAUGGAGCUGGCGCUUCCACCACCCCGCAGAACCCAGCGCCUCUGGCAGGCGCAGGCCCUGUGGCAUCAGGUCCCUCUCCUGCCUCCGCUCCCGGGGAGCCAUCGCCACCAUCACGCCCAGCGCUCGCACCGCGCUGCCACCGGCACAGCCCCGCGCGGGCACCGCCGGCCCAGUCACGAGGUCCCAGUGGGGCUGCUCCUCCGGAGCGGCCGUCGGGGAGCCGGAGGAGGCCAGCGUGCGGGUCUGGGGGCCGGGCUGGCUCCCGCCACGCCGCUGGGGAGACCAAGGGCUGGCGGUGCCGCGGCCGCGAGGGCACCGGGGCGGCAGGGCUCGGCGGAAGCCGCUCCGUCGCCCGUCGGCUUCAGGGGAGCCGGAGUGACCCGGGCCAGCCCCGGCGCUGGAGGAGGUGGCAUCCCCGUCCCCCCCCCAAGCGUGGUGCCCGGUGCCCCGCGUGCCCCCUCGUCGCCGCACCGUCCCCCGGCCUCGCCGUGCCCCAGCUCGGGGAUGGCGAGGGCUUGCCCCGCCAGCUCGGGAGGGGAUGGCUUGGUGACCGGUGUUCCCAAAAAGCUGAGUCCCCCACGAAGGCAUUAACUCUUCUGGUGCUAGAGGGAAGGACAAGGAGGUUCCUUCUGACCCUCACACAUCUCCGAACCUUUACAACCUUCAGCCAGGGAAAAGGCCCAGGCCCGGGACAGGGGUGGCAGCCCCUCCUGCGCACCAGGCCCUCCCCGGGAUGGAUCCUGACCUGUGCCGGCGCACCAGGCCCUCCCCGGGACGGAUCCUGACGUGCUGUGGUGCCGUCUCCUUUUCCCUGAGCUCUUGCUGGGCACAUGCCCAAGCGGCUCCAUCCAGAGCUCUCCGGAAGCCGACGGGCCCUGGGGGUUCGCAGCCUCUCCCCCUCCCCGGCCGCCCAUCCCGCUGCUCCCAGCUGGGACGGGCGCCCAGGGACGGCGAGAGGGGCUUCAAGCUGGACCGGCAAGCAAACGGCCUGCGGUCCAUGCCCCAGGGUACCCCGGGCCUCACGCCCCAUAACCUGGUGAGCCAAGAGGCAUCCGAAUCACGAUAGCAGCCAUUGCGUCUGCCUGAACCCCACCGCCUGCUUUACCAGGUGUACCAUCGCACCCCAUCAGGUGCCCCCCAGCCCCGUUUGUGCCAACGCCGCCACUAUCCCGCGUGACCUGGAGCGGGACGCUGCGGACCAGGUCCUGCCCUUUCCACCUCCCUGCCCCGUAGUCGCAGACUGGCCCAUCACCCCUCUGCCGCUACGCACCCCGACCCCCUCCAUUCACCCCCUUGGGCCCCCCGCCACGCGCCCUCCUCCGUACCCGGCACCUUCACCCCUCCUGCGCACCUCCCGCCUUCAUCCCUCCUGCCUACCUGGUGCCUUCACACCCCUCAAAUCCGCCCCGCCGGCCCCUGCAUGCCUCACCCGUGGCCAGCAGCAUGUGCAGCAGCAUGCGCAGAUGCAUGCACCCGCCUAUCGCCCUGCGCCCCGGCUCAGCACCCCUCCACCCCCCAUUGCCCGGGCUCCAGCUCCUUUGCCCAUGCUGGCAUUACUCAGCACCCUCCGGUUGCAAGGGCUUGCUGGCACGGUCCUGCACAGGCAGGGACGAUGCUGCUCCAGAGACAUCCCGUGCUACUGGUGCGGUCGCACCUUGCCUGCCAGCACAGCCGCUGCCACCACUGCUCUCGCGUCCCCUGGCCCCACGCUGGCUCCCUCCAGAGCCCCCCAGCUCCAGCCAUCCCCUCACCUUGUCCCUCUGCCACCUCCUGCACGCUUUGCAGCACCCGCACCUCUGGUGCUGUUCGCGGACACCUGGCCGCGAACCAAACUCACCGCUUGUCCCUUGCGACCGGAGCUUGGCUCUCCAGGCUGAUGCUGCUUCUCCAGCUCUGUGCCUGGCGAAGCAACACCGGCACAUCCCAGGAUUCCGGUGAGCAUCCAGCUCCUCUGCAUCCCUGUGGGCACGCCGCAUGCCGGGUCUGCCACAGCACAGCCCCCGAGGAGGCCCCACUGCGCGCGGGGGCCUGGGCACGUCCCCGGGUCGGUGUUGUGCAGCCUCUUCCCCAAACUGUAGAGAUCAGGUUUUCCUAGGAAUUUGUUUGGCUGUUUGUUCCUUGUGCUGCUUUUAUGAGGUUGGUCUGGAGCUGCCUGCUGAUGUGGAAAUGCUUGUUUGCAGCCCGCGGUGUGCCACGGGGGACCUGUGCCCGUUGUCUGUCUGGCUUUGGCCCCUGCUGCCGCAUGCUUGCAGACCCCCCGCCCCCGGCCGCCCCCGCUCGGGCUCCAUCCCCUGGGUCCCCCGGGGCCAGCUCCUGCUGCGGGAGCACGGCGGGCACGGGCAGCCCCGCGGCACAGCAUCCACCAGAGCAUGCUGGGCAUCCGCACGCUGCGGCUUGGCCAAGCCUCUGCAGCACUGAUGUCUUGUCCCCGGCUGCGCAGCCCCCGGCCCCGCUUCACGCUGCCAGCACCCUGCAGCCCCUCCGCACGCCCCAGCCCUGCCCGCCCAGCCAGCUCAUCCCACUGCCACUCCUUUCACCUCUUCCCCUGCUGCGCUCCAUUCCCAUCGCGCUGCUGGCUCCUUCCCCACCUCACCCGCAGGUAACGGAGACCCCGGCAGCCCUUGGAGACCCCGGUGGUCCUUGGAGACCCCGGUGGCCCAUGGAGACCCCGGUGGCCCUCGGAGACCCCGGUGGCCCCUAGAGACCUCGGUGGCCCUCACACCCCAGCGCAGCCCCACAGCCCGUGGCCGGCAGAGCUGCCCCAUCUCCCCUCGGGGCGGUGGGCUGCUCUGCUGAGCGCUGCCCCCAAGGAGCCACCGCAGCCCCUCGGCGUGACCCUCCUUCCCGGCCCCGCGCGAGCCCCUCGGGGCAGCCAGCGGGCGCCGCUGGUGGAAGUGUGACAGUGUGUUAGCCUGAGUGCAGGCUGCUCAACGGGUUCACGCCGGGUGAACCCGGGGUCUCUGCCCCUUCUGCAGCUGUUUCUGGGGCAACCGAGAGACCCGCCUGCACCCGCCUCUUGCCGCAAGAGGCCAGAAGUCUGCAGAGUGCAACUUUUCUGCAGAAAGUUCGGUCUGGGACCAGGAAAGCUGGACGCCUUCUUGCCAUUUCUGAGGAGCCCUCCUCCUCCUCCUCCCCAAUUCCCCCUGCUGCCCCGAUCCUCCGUGCAAGGGCUGGAAAUGGUGGAUGCACCGCUCUGCUCUGGCAGAGCCAGCGGCCGUGCCGCCCCGCCGUGCAUCCCAGCUUCCAUCACAAAGCAGCUGCAGCCGUACCUGUGUUGGCAAACACUGCGUGAUCCCUCCUGCGGGACGGCGGCCGCGGCCGUCGCUCCCAGGGACACCACGGCUCGUCCCAGUCAGGCGUAACACGAAAGAAGGCGACUUCCAACCACGCUGCCACGCCAUCGCCCCCAUCCCCAGGGGCUGCCCGGGUCUGCCGCAAACCUGCUCCCCUGCCCCAGCAGCGACAGCUUCAUCCUCCUCAUCACCCUCCCACCCAGCGCCGCGCCCUCCCCGUCCCCCCCCCGUGCCCGCCACGAACACGCGCACGUGGCAGAGCUGGAUGAGCAUGGGCUCGGGGCUUUGGAGACAGCACCGUCCCCAGGCAGCACCGCGUGGGUCACCAGGCGAACGUGCUUCGCUUUGGGGCGGCACCUCGGGUGCCGCGGGUGGUUUCGUGCUGAGUGCCGAGGCCCCUUCAACUGACCUGAUUGUUCCUCCCCAGCCGCAGAGAGCCCGCUCCCACCCUGUGCCCGUCUGCCCCCCCCCCGAGCCUGCACUGCUGGGGCGGCUGCACAGCCUGCGCUCCGCGGUACCACCGGCUCCCGGGGUGACCACGUCCCGCACCCUCCCAGCACCCGGCCAGGGUCAGGUCACUCGCCCCGGCACGGUGCCCAGCGGCGCCUUCGCCGGGGACCCCGGGUUGCCUGACGGCCAAGGGCCAAACUCUCGUCCUGUGGCCAUUCCCACCCCACCGCCCUGGCAGAACCGUAACCGCCCCGCUAACGCAGCUGCUGCUACUUUACUUUUAUUUUCUCAGCUGAAGCAAAGAGGAUUUUCCCCAGGUGUAGAUAGCGCUUUCCUGACUCUGUAUCUAUUCUGGCUGCAUUGGCACCUCUGCUCCAAACAUCUCCAGACCCAGUGAGACAUUUCAUUUUGAAAAGCCAUCCAGGAGAAGGCAGAGCGGUAGCGGGCGAGGAACCGACCCCACGAGCCUGCGGCGCGGCCGGCAGCGAGCACCGCACCCCUCGGCCACGCCGUCCCGGUGGUGCCGGGACCGGCCGCGCGCAGCGGUUACUGUGAUUCUCAUGGCUUCUCAAUGACUUGGGUUAUCUUCUGUAAAAAGGGAUACACUUUUUUUUUUUGCUUUGAAGGGGUUUUUUUUUUAAAGUUGUUGGUAUUUUUCCUUUGUCCAGACUAAUGUCAUCAAUCCCUGUUCUCCAUCAGCUCCUGUCUGUAAUUCUGACUGUAAAAGAAGAGAAAACAAAACCCAAAGCACUUUGUUCCUGGUGGUGAAGAGCUUCGCCAGCCAAAAACCAUUUCUAAACAGCGACAAAGUGCAGCGUGGUUUUCUUUCUGUCCGCCCGUGGGCAGCCCUCACUGCCGCAUGCAUGUGUCACCCGCGGAGACACCCCCGCACGCCCCCGGGCGCGCGCUCACACCCACUGCAUGUGCAUAUACCGGCUCCAGCCCUCGCACACACGCGUGCGACCAUGCGCGCGCGCACACGGCUCGAACAUCCACACUCUUGUUUCUUACCCAGACGGACUCACCUGUGGGUUUUUGUUCUGUUUUUAAUUUUACGAGGUCAGUUUGACUUCACCCUUAUUUUGUAUGGAUUUUUGGAGGAGAUUUCUCCUUCUCCAGAGUCAUGGAGGUGUGGCCAUUCGCCUCCCGCCCUUGACGUUGUGAUACACAUACCCCACAGAGAUCUAUGUUUCUUAUAUUAUAUUAUUAUUAUUAUUAUUAAUUAUUAUUAUUAUUAUGUAAUAAAUUUAUAAGAAAGC